AUGCCGGUUGAUAAAUCUUGGAUCAAUCUUUCUAGUAGGUCAUGUGAGGAAUAUAUAAAUGGAGUAACAGAGUUUGUUGAUUAUGCAUUUCAACGUAUUAAAGAUGAAGAUAUGAAGAUAAAAUGUCCUUGUAAUGAUUGUAACAAUAGAUAUAGAAGAACACGAGUUGAGGUUACAAGAGACCUCUUAUGGAAAGGGAUGAGGCGUGAUUAUACUAGAUGGCAUCUCCAUGGAGAGGGAAAUAGUGAUGAGGACGAUGAAGGUAGUGAUGAGAAUGAGGAUAAUAGUAGUGAUGAUGAACAAAAUAUUGAUGAUAUCCAUAAUAUGAUACGGGAUGCUUAUCCUCGUAUGAGAGAUGUUGAGGAAACAAGUGGGAGUGAAUCGCAAGAUCCAAAUGAAGAAGCAAAGGAGUUUUAUAGAUUGGUUGAAGAGGCAGAUCAACCACUUUAUUUGGGAUGUAAAAAGUAUUCCAAUUUGUCCUUCAUUGUCAAAUUAAUGCACAUAAAGUGCAAGAAUUCAUGGAGCAACAACUCAUUCACAAUUUUGCUGGAGCUACUGAAGGAUGCAUUUCCAAUGUGCGAAAAAUUGCCCAUAUCCCACUAUGGGGCAAAGAAGAUUGUGAGUGAUCUUGGUCUAAACUAUGAAAAGAUCGAUGCAUGCAAAAAUGAUUGUAUGCUAUAUUACAAGGAGCAUUCGGAAGCAGAUAAGUGCUCAGUUUGUCAGAUCUCAAGAUGGAAGUUGAAUAGCAAGGGCGGUAAAAGGGAUGCUAAAAAAGUCCCAUGGAAGGUAUUGCGAUAUUUUCCUCUUAAGCCGAGGCUACAAAGAUUAUUUAUGUCAUCAAAAACAGCUCCAGACAUGAGAUGGCACCAUGAGAAUCGUUCUAAUGAUGAAGUACUAAGGCAUCCCGCAGACGCUGAGGCUUGGAAAUCAUUUGAUCGAACUCAUGAGUCCUUUUCCUCAGAUCCUCGCAAUGUAAGGCUUGGGUUAGCUACCGAUGGCUUUAAUCCUUUUGGAAACAUGAGUGUUAGCUAUAGUUGUUGGCCUGUUGUCGUAUUCCCUUACAACAUUCCCCCGUGGAUGUGUAUGAAAGAGCCUUACCUAUUCAUGUCUCUACUUAUUCCGGGCCAAAAGGGUCCUGGCAAUGAUAUCGAUGUAUUUUUAAGGCCAUUAAUUGAUGAGUUAAAAGAAUUAUGGGAAAAGGGUGCUGAAACCUAUGAUGCUUCAAUGCAGGAAAACUUUCAAAUGAGAGUUGCAUUAAUGUGGACUAUCAAUGACUUUCCUGCGUACACUUAUACCUCAGGUUGGAGUACACAAGGGAAUCUUGCAUGCCCUUGCUGUGGUAGUGAGACUUCUCAUCGUAGGUUAAAGCAUGGGAGCAAAAUGUGCUAUAUGGGUCAUCGUCGAUUUCUUCCUCCUGACCAUAAAUGGCGAUCACAAAAAGCACAAUUUGAUGGUAAGAGAGAGAGAAAAGGGGCACCAAAACGAUUAUUUGGUGAUGAUGUGCUGAAUCAACUUGGUACUCUGCCACCAAUAACACUAGGCAAGGCCGUUAAAAGGAAAAGGUUACCUGGGCGUGGAAAGUGCCACAAUUGGAAGAAGCAUAGUAUUUUCUUUGAUUUGUCGUAUUGGAGAACAUUGUUAUUGCAUCAUAAUUUGGAUGUGAUGCACAUUGAGAAAAAUAUAUGUGAUAGUGUGAUGGGGACAGUAUUAGAUAUUGAUAAGAAAAGUAAAGAUUCCUUAAAUGCUAGGCUCGAUCUAAAAAUGAUGGGUAUACGAAAGGAACUUCAUCCUGAAGAUGGGAAGACUACUUUUCCUCGUGCUUGUUAUACACUCUCAAAAGAUGAGAAAAAGGCUGUGUUUCAGUGGUUGCAAAAUCUAAAGGUUCCGGAUGGUUACUCUGCAAAUUUGUCUCACUAA